AUGCCUUAUCUCUUCCCCAGCAUCCAACCUUAUCUCUUCCCGUGCGCCUCCUUCCCACCCCCAGGCUCCAGCCUGCUCCCCACGCCCCUCCCCACCGGCCUCCUCCCUGCCUCCUCCCCACCGUCGGACACCAGCCUCCUCCCCACGGUGCUCCUCCUGGCUGUCAACUUGGUCCUCGCCGCCGUGGCGAGCGUGACCUACUUCUCGUUGCCGCCGGCCCCAGAGCCGCUAACACCGAAGCCACCCAGCAACCACGGCCCGUGCUGCUCGCUGUUGGACAGUCUCGUUGAUCUGGAGGCCGUCGUUUGCCUCUACACUACCAUCAAGGCCAACAUCCUCAGCAUCAACCUCAACUGCGCAUAG